AUGCCAGACGCAGAAUCCACCACCGCACUUCUAUACGCCAUUGCCGGCUCCCAACCACCACCCUCUCGCAAGACCAGCACCGACUCUACCAGCAGCAGCACCAGCCCAAAGAUGCCCUUCACGUCAUUCAAGUCGCAGCCCGCCGCCCAGCCCUCGGCCACUGGAGCCGGUGGCAACUCCACCGACCAGCGCCGCCAGUCGUGGGACUACGCCGAGGCCCACGCCCCGGGCUACCAGGCGACCGCCACCACGGCCACGGCCACGGCCCAGGAGCUCCCCGCCGCCGCUGGUGCCAAGCAGCGUCGGCCCAGCUGGGUCGAGCGCCACCUCCUCCUCGGUGACGAGGACGCCCGCCGCGCCCUAGGUAUGUGA